AUGAAUCGCAAGGCAAGCGAGAAUGUGGAGUAUACCCUGCGGAGCCUGAGCAGCCUCAUGGGCGAGAGGCGGAGGAAGCAACAAGAUCCAGACUGGGCCAGCGCCACUGGGGAGCAGAGCCUUAUUGCUGCCACUGAGUCGUUCUGCAGCCUGCAGGGUAGUGGUGGCCCCGGCCCUGGCUCCAGCACUAGCAGCGGGGACCUGGAGCGGGCGGCGCGGCGGCAGUUCCAACAGGACGAGACCCCUUCCUUCGUCUAUGUAGUGUCGGUCUUCUCAGCCCUGGGCGGCUUUCUCUUUGGCUAUGACACCGGAGUGGUGUCCGGGGCUAUGCUGCUGCUGAAGCGGCAGCUUAGCCUGGAUGCGCUGUGGCAGGAAUUGCUGGUGUCUGGAACUGUGGGGGCGGCUGCCGUCUCGGCUCUGGCCGGCGGGGCCCUAAACGGCGUAUUUGGACGCCGCGCCGCCAUCCUGCUGGCCAGUGCGCUCUUCACUGCUGGCUCCGUGGUGCUGUCCGUGGCGCAAAAUAAGGAGACGCUGUUGUGCGGCCGAGUUGUCGUGGGACUAGGGAUCGGUAUUGCUUCCAUGACAGUACCAGUGUACAUCGCAGAGGUUUCUCCACCGAAUUUAAGAGGCAGAUUAGUUACUGUUAACACACUGUUCAUCACAGGAGGGCAGUUCUUUGCAAGUAUUGUUGAUGGAGCCUUCAGUUAUCUUCCAAAGGAUGGAUGGAGGUAUAUGUUGGGCCUUUCAGCCAUCCCAGCAACAAUACAGUUCCUUGGGUUUCUCUUUCUACCAGAAAGCCCAAGAUGGCUCAUUCAGAAAGGACAGACUCAGAAGGCUCGGAGAAUUUUGUCACAGAUACGAGGCAACCAGAUAAUUGAUGAAGAAUAUGAUACUAUCAAAAAUAGUAUUGAAGAGGAGGAAAAAGAAGUUGGUUCAGCUGGACCUGUGAUCUACAGAAUGCUGACUUAUCCUCCAACUCGCCGAGCUUUAAUUGUGGGUUGUGGCCUACAAAUGUUCCAACAGUUAUCAGGCAUUAACACCAUCAUCCAGGUUCAAGAACUCACAGGCCAAGGAGAAGAUACUACAAGCUGCUGGGAAGAAACAAUAUCAUGGAGCCUCAGUCAGGUUUACACAGGAUAUGAUUACACUGAAAGACUAGAAGGUACUUCUGUAGCGCUCAUUAUCCUUGCUUUGGGAUUUUUGCUGUCAGCUCAGGUCUCGCCACAAAUCUCUCUUAAGCCAACAGCUCCUUCAGAUAAAAACUCCUCUUGCACAAAAUACAGCUCCUGUGAUGGAUGCAUGCUUGAUCCAGGCUGUGGGUUCUGCUAUAAAAUGAACAAAUCAGAUGUUGUGGACUCCUCAUGCAUUCCAGUCAAUAAAGAGUCAACAAAUGAAGCUGCUUGGGGCAGAUGUACUAAUGAAACCAAAUUCAAAGCAGAAGAAUUAUUUUGGGCAUACAAUUUCUGUCCAACUCCAUAUUCCUGGACUGUACUUAUGGGCCUUAUUUUAUAUCUGGUUUUCUUCGCACCUGGAAUGGGACCAAUGCCUUGGACAGUGAAUUCUGAAAUCUAUCCACUUUGGGCAAGAAGUACAGGAAAUGCAUGUUCAUCUGGAAUAAAUUGGAUUUUCAAUGUUCUAGUUUCACUAACCUUUCUACAUACAGCAGAGUACCUUACAUAUUAUGGAGCCUUCUUUCUCUAUGCUGGAUUUGCUGGUUUGGGACUCAUUUUCAUCUAUAGUUGUCUUCCUGAGACCAAAGGAAGAAAACUAGAGGAAAUUGAAUCACUGUUUGAAAACAAAUUGUGUACAUGUGGUACUUUAGAUUCUGAUGAAGGGAGAUAUAUAGAAUAUAUUCGGGUGAAGGGAAGUAAUUACCAUCUUUCUGACAAUGAUGCUUCCGAUGUGGAAUAA